GAGAACCCAACUCUGACCCCUUUGGCUCAUACAGAUUCCUCCCCAGUCCAAAGGCAAAUUUCGCAGGCGGAGAUGGCUUCCCCCGACGCAGAGGCGCCGCCGCCGACGGAGCCCGAGAGGUGGAGGGACCUGGACAUCCUACUCUCCCGUCCCGGCAACCUCGUCCACGCCACCUUCCAGCCCAGCCCCGGGCUGCGAGACGACAUCGGGAGCUUCGUUGAGGUGCUGGUGGUGGGGGCGGGCGGGCUGGGGUGCGAGCUCCUCAAGGACCUCGCCCUCUCCGGGUUCAAGAACCUGCACGUCAUCGACAUGGACACCAUCGACGUCUCCAACCUCAACCGGCAGUUCCUCUUCAGGGUUCAAGAUGUUGGGAAGCCCAAGGCUGAAGUAGCUGCAAAGAGGGUUAUGGAGCGAGUUAGCGGAGUGAACAUUGUGCCCCAUUUUUGUAGGAUUGAAGAUAAAGAGCUAGAGUUCUAUAAUCAGUUUCAAAUAAUUGUCCUCGGUCUGGAUUCAAUUGAAGCUCGGAGCUAUAUCAAUUCUGUGGCUUGUGGUUUCUUAGAGUAUGACUCAGAUGACAAACCAAUCCCAAAAACGGCUAAACCUAUGGUAGAUGGUGGGACGGAAGGUUUCAAAGGUCACGCUAGAGUCAUUAUGCCAGGGACAACACCUUGCUUUGAAUGCAACAUAUGGCUUUUUCCUCCCCAGGUCAAGUUUCCCUUGUGUACCCUCGCCGAGACUCCGAGAACUGCAGCUCAUUGCAUUGAGUAUGCUCAUUUGAUCAAAUGGGAUGAGGUUCACACUGGAAAACCUUUUGAUGCUGAUAAUGCUGAACAUAUGCAAUGGAUUUAUUCAGAGGCUUUACAAAGAGCAGAACUUUUUGGUAUUUCCGGAGUUACGUAUUCUUUGACUCAGGGUGUUGUUAAGAAUAUCAUCCCAGCCAUUGCUUCAACAAAUGCAAUUAUUUCUGCCGCUUGUGCAUUGGAAGCUUUGAAGCUUGUCUCUGGCUGCAGCAAAAGUGUGUUAAACUAUCUCACGUACAAUGGUCUUGUAGGAACUCAUAUUAAAGUAACGGAGUUUGUUAGAGACACGGACUGCCUUGUAUGUGGACCUGGUACCCUCAUUGAGCUGGACACAUCAUCUACUCUGUCAGAGUUCAUCAAGAUGCUUGAGAAACACCCCAAACUGCUGAUGUCAAAAGCUAGUGUGACGCACGAAGGCAACAACCUGUACAUGCAGUCGCCGGAAGUGCUCGAGCAGAUGACGCGGCAAAACCUGAGCAUCCCCAUGUUUGAGCUCCUUAAAGGAGCCUCGUUUGUAACCGUUCAUGUUUCAGGUAUGGCGGAGAGCAAUGGGAAUAAAGUGUCAUCUCUGAGGAAGCUGCGCGUCCUUUUCAAAGGCGUCGAGGAAGCUUCGAAAAUGGAUACAACUGAGAGCUCGUGAUAUCAUCGUUGCUGCUGCCUAUGCCUUCCUAGAAAGAUAAUAUUAACCUUCCAUGUUCUUGAUUAGUGUAUUUUGAAGCAAGAUGUAACCGGGGGAGCUCAAAUUUACACUUGUACACAAUCUUUUCGGGAAUUUAUUUGGCAAAACUGAGUCAUCUGUAGUUUAAUGGCUUGUAUCUCCUGGCCGGCUAAGUCAUGCUUAUUGUUUUU